AUGCCUAACGGGAGCUUAGAUUCUCAUUUGUUCAAAGAGCAGAGCUUGUUGACUUGGGACGCAAGAUACAAAAUUGCUCAAGGUUUGGCCUCCGGAUUGCUCUAUCUACACGAAGAGUGGGAGCAAUGCGUGCUGCAUAGGGAUAUCAAAUCAAGCAAUGUUAUGUUAGAUUCGAAUUUCAACGCAAAACUCGGGGAUUUCGGGUUAGCUCGACUUGUGGACCACGGAAAACAGUCGCAAACCACAAUUUUGGCUGGAACAAUGGGGUACAUGGCUCCAGAUUAUCUCAACACAGGAAAGGCUAGCAAAGAAUCAGAUAUCUACAGCUUCGGAGUUGUUGCACUGGAAAUAGCAUGUGGGAGAAAACCGAUCGAUCUUCCAAAGUCCGGAAGUAGUCCAAUCAAUUCUGUUGAGUGGGUUUGGGAGCUUUACGGAGAAGAAAGAGUUAUUGAAGCUGCUGACCCAAAGCUGUGUGGAGAUUUUGUUGAGAAACAAAUGGAGUGCUUGAUGACUGUUGGGUUAUGGUGUGCUCAUCCGGAUUACAGUAAGAGGCCUUCAAUACAACAAGCAAUUCAAGUGCUUAACUUUGAGAUUCCCUUGCCCGUUCUCCCAUCAAAGAUGCCAGUGGCUACCUAUUUUGAUCCUCCGAAAUCACUAUCAAUGUUUUCUACUGAUACUAGUGGGUCUCAGGGAUGUCAAACAGAGUCUUCAAACUAUGGUCACAACGCAAAUUCCUCAGAGUUUACCACAUCUUCUCUUGCCACAAAUUAUCAUCCUUCAAUUUAA